AUGAUUUCCGCUGCCAAGCUAAGUACCGACGCGAUACCCGAAUCAAGUGUACAAGCCGAUACGUCAAGUGCUACUUCGAAUGCCACAAAGUUUAGAUUCUCGAAUGCCGAUACCCUAUCCGAUAAACCGUCUUAUCUCAUUCUUGGCUGGCAAUCUACAAACUACGGAGAUAACAAUGACAAUGAAGAAGAAGAUGAGGAUGGGGCCGAGGGCGAAGGAGCUAGCGAACUUGAAAAAGGCGCAAAGGACAACGAAGACAAAAAUGGCAAAGAACAAGAUAUGGAUCUUCCAAAGCAAGGAGAAACACUCGGCGAUGAGUGGUGGGAGCAGCAGAAAAGAGAUCAAGACCGUCGUGGUAUAUACAUGUACAAUGACUGGAAUGGUUAUGGAUGUUCCGAAGUUAUGGAAAACUUGUUGAAAGAUUUCAAUCGAGAUAUCUACAAGAAGACGCUCAGCCCUUAUGAAAAAUGGGCGUAUAUUGAAGCCCUAGCAAUCUUCUUCAAGGCAGGAGACUUAAUGGAAUGGAUGAUGCAAGAUGAUAGCGAUGGACUUAAAGAGAUCAUCAACAUGAUGGGAACGAUGGUUCUCACCUCUCUCAAAAUGCUUUCGGAGCACAAUCUUUUCAUCCCAGACUCCCAAAUAAAGAAUAUCCCUAUCAUCUGCCUUCUCAUUCUCGAAUUCCUUAAUGGGCACGCAUCAGACCUUGAUCUUAGUUGGCAGAGUGAGAUUGUUCGGCAUUGUGACGAAGCAGAUAUUAAACUCGUCAAAACUGUACGAAAACAAGUCUCGAUUAGUAAGAAAUCCCUGGAGGACUGGAGAUCCAACUACAAGGAGAAGAUGGAGGAUUGUGAGGAUGCUGAAAACGAAGAUGGCUACAAAAUUUGGGCGAAGCAAAAGAAUUGGAAACCAGAGAAUGAUUAUCAUGAUACCAACGAAAGAAAAUGGUACAGAUGGGACUGGAAGCUAGAGUACAAGGACUUCAAGCAAGACCACGCAGGAGGUCACAAAUACGAUCUGACGAAGAUUCCCGAAUCCGAGAUGAAUCGUCUUGCCGGACCAUGA